AUGGAUAAAAGAAUUCAGGAAAAUUAUUUAUCAAACAGCACAUUUUUAGCAGCGAUUUUUGUUGAUCCUCGAUACCAGUGUUUAUUAACUCCUGAACAACAACAAAUAGCUAUAACUCGUCUUGUCGAAACAUGGGAGACAUUACUUCUCUUAAAGAAUAGAGACUCUCCUAUUGACGAAUUUCCAGAAAUUACCGCUAAUGAUAAAUCAACCAUUGAGAGUACUAUUGAAAGUAGCCAAGACUCAACGGAUCCAUUUGAAGAGUUUUUAUCAUCACAAGCUUCUCUUACAUCAAAUUCAUUUGCCUCGUCCUUAACAGUAACUUCUGAAAGUAUAUUAAAUAUAUUGAAUGGUUUUAAAAAUGUUGAGCGCAUUUCUUAUACUGCCGAUAUUUUGCAAUAUUGGAAAACACGACAAUUAACAGAUCCAGAACUUUAUCAAUUAGCAAGUGUAGUCUUAGCAGUUCCAGCGACUCAGGUCAGUGUAGAAAGGAGCUUUUCUGGAUUGAAAUUUGUUGUUUCUGAUUUGAGAACCUCAUUGGAUCCAGAACUUUUAGAAGCAAUCAUGCUGGUUAGAAGCAAUGAAAAAUUUAAAUUAUGUCAUUAA